CACCACAGUUGGUAUAGGGCUAUAGCAAGAGGAAAUAGCUGUCCUCAGCGUUUGCUGCAGUAUGAGAAGCACCUGACAGCGAGCAGCCGGGAGGGGGCGGAACUUACAGUGCACACAGAGAAGUGGACGUGCUGUUCCGUCCUGGAUCCCAAGCUUGAUUUGUAGUUAACCGGACCGCUCUGCACUGUAGUGGGGUGAAGGGUGAACUAACUGGCAGAGGAACACACUGCUGAUGUCAGCAGAGAAGAUGGCGACAACAGCUAGUGCAAAUGGAGCAGGGCCUGUAUCUGAAGGAAAAGACACCCUCAGUCCUGAGGAUCUGUCUGAGCUGCUGGCACUAGGGACCAAAGAAGUUCACGAGAAGGCCGAAAACACCCAGUUUGUUAAAGACUUCCUAAGAGGUCGCAUCAGAAAAGAGCUUUUCAAGCUUGGUGCUGUUGCACUCUACUACACCUAUACCGCCAUGGAGGAGGAGAUUGAAAGGAACAAGGACCACCCCCACUUUGCCCCUCUAUAUUUCCCUACAGAGCUGCAUCGCCACGAGGCCCUGGCCCGUGACCUUGAGUACUUUUACGGGCCUGACUGGGAGAGCAAGGUCAGCUGCUCCAAGGCCGCCCAGCGCUAUGUAGACCGUAUUCAUCAAGUAGGGCAGGACGACCCAGUGCUGCUGGUAUCCCACGCUUACACCCGCUAUAUGGGGGACCUGUCAGGGGGCCAGGUGCUGAAGAAGGUGGCGCAGAGAGCCAUGAAGCUGCCGCCGACAGGGGAGGGCCUAGAAUUCUACCAGUUUGAUGGCAUCCAUAGUGCCAAAGAAUUCAAGCAGCUGUACCGUAGUCGGAUGAACGAGCUGGUGCUGGACGGGGAUACAAAGAAGAGGCUGGUGGACGAGGCUGUCAAGGCCUUCCAGUUCAACAUGGAGGUGUUCGAUGAGUUGGAGGAGAUCGGUAAAACCAUCCAGGAGGAUGUUCUAGACGCUGGCGUGCCCGUCCAUGGAGCAAUGGGUGGAGACAUCAGCAAAUGUCCCUACUAUUCUGCCAAGAUGGCGGCGUCGGGCGGAACAGAAUACGCUUGUCAGCUCGCCAUGGCCGUGCUCCGACACCCGACAGGACAGGUCCUGUGCGCUGCUUUUGCUGCUGCUCUGGCGGGAUUGGCUGCCUGGUAUCUGAUGUGAGGCAGCCGUCACCCUGUCACUGUGCUGCUGGGAGAGAGCCAUGAGAAAAUAGGGAGGACAGUCAGGGGAAUAAAAAAACUCCCUCAGGUUGUAGAAUAUUUCCUAGUUUCUUACAAACAUUCUGAACGGGUCCAGUCUUAUUUAAUGUUACUUACAGGAAUGAAACUUGAAUCUGUUCCUGUUCAAUGGAAUUCUGAUUUAAUGAUCUGUAGGACCAUAAUAUGUCAUCUCCAUCCAUCAAUCCAUCCAGCUACAACUUGUUAAAACGUAUCCUCCAUUCUUUUAAAUUUGCUACCUCCUCUGCACUGUCCCUCCAACCUUUGACCUUCCAGUGUGUUUUGUCGUGAAUCCUCUGAAGCUGCUUUCUCGUUUUGUCAUGGAUGCUCACUAGUUUUGAUUUGCUCCCAAUUUUAAAUGAAACUGCCAGAUGUAAAAACAUAUAUAUAUUUUAGAUGCUGCCCAUGUCAAAUUGGCUCUAGUGAUAAACAAGUUAUUGAUGAUGAAUAGAAAUUCAAAAGUGUCUCAUAGAGGACGUAGAGGAAACGUGUAACAACAUACUAUGCAUAUGUUGAAUAUGAACGAGUGUAACGGCUCUGUGUGGUUUUGCUGGGCAGACUGCUGUGGUGGUUUUGAAUGAGGUCUUUGUUGGUGCAAUAAAAUAUCUCAGAUUUUACUUCCUGAUGUUGACUGAAGUUCCAAAGAUGAUGUGAAACGCAGUGCAUUGCACCGUUGUUCUUCUUUCUUUUUUAAAUUCAUUUCAUUAUACAAACAUGGCCUCCAAUGUACCGUGAGGCAGGUGGUUGGACUCAAAAGCUUUUUUAUUCUUAAAAAAUAGCACAACUUUGACAAGCUUCUGAUUGGAUACUAGUUAAUACAGCAGAAAAGGGAGUCUCUACUAAUGCAUGUGCAAAUGGACAUCUUAUAGUUCUGAACAAAAACUGCCUGAUGUUGGUUUUAAUGCAUAGCUCAACAAGAUGAAGUUUUAAUUGAUGAUUCAGUUUGACCUGACACAGAAGCUUAUAUCAUAGGAAAGGUAAGUGAACAUGAAAACUACCUGAGGUUUAUUAUGAGCUACUUUAGGUUUAUAUGUAGAUCCUUCAGCUGCUCACCUCUUGUUUAUGCAUCCAUUUGUUAUGGAUACACCAGUAUGCAUCAUCACUGAGAUCAUAUUUUGUUCGUACUGUAUGUUUGGAACACCACGUAAUGCUAAUUGCAACAUGGAUGAGGAGGAAUAUAUUGUGCUUUGUGAACUGUAUGCAGUGUUAUUGCACUGUUCUGAAAUUGAAGUUUAAUAUUCAUCCUGAUGCAUUAAUGACAUUUUAUUAUAAUGCAUUUUUUUCCCAAGCUGUUUUGUUCUUUUCUCAGUUUUAAAAUGUUUGAAGCACAGUGUCAAUGGAAACCUGCUGAACACUUUUCAACCAGGUUCCUGAGCUGUGUGUAUUUGCACAACACAUGAUGUACAGUAUGGGUGUACAGUAUUCUUUCACUAGCAGUCAUUCAGAUUGGACCAGGCAUGUAUCCGAAGUGAUAAUGCGUUUUUUUAUUCAGGUUCAUGUUGUAGUCAGGUGGCAAUACAAUGCAUUUCCUUUGGAGGAUACUCCCGUAGUUCAUUGUCCAUGUUUUAUUUUAUUUUUGCCAGUGUGAAGUGUCAAAAUGCUACAGUAUUGUUGGACGAACUGAGGGAUGCUAACUUGAAUCUCAGAAGUACGGUUGUUUUGGUUCUUUUUUAAGCUUUAGAUUAAAGUGACUAAUUCAUGUUGAUUUUUGCAUUUUCAUUUACUCUGCUCCUAAUCACUUUGUGUAUCUAAAUGGACAAACCUUUAUAGUGUUUGAAGUCCUAUGGCUGUCUCUAAUGAAAUACAUUGUUUUCCUGCUCAUGCUGAAAUAAAGGGGAUUCAUUUGGA